CACAACGUACAAUUAAGCUUCAUCACUGAAAGCGCGCCUUCCAUCAAUGGAUCUUUACCGUCUUGCUUCACUCGGCAAUGCCAACUUCACUCCACAGCUGCUGCCACCUAAGACUCCCAUCUCAUCAUUCGUGAAAUCCGCAAGUGUUCCUGCUACUUUCGUAUGCAUGGCCACCACCCAAAUCUCAACUCCUUCCAAUAAUAUUGUUCGGCGAUCAGCAAAUUACCAACCUCCCAUUUGGCACUAUGAUUACAUUCAGUCACUGACGAGUGUAUAUGCGGGGGAGUCAUUCACCGGACGGAUUGAUAAGCUCAAAAGAGAAGUGAGGAUGAUGUUUCACAAAGUCGUGGAUCCUUUAGAGAAACUUGAGCUGAUUGAUAUCUUGCAAAGACUUGGAAUAUCUUACCAAUUUGAUGAUGAAAUACAUAGGACCUUGGAAGGUAUAUACAAUGUUAAUCAUGGUGGUGAAAUAUUAAUGUGCAACAAGGAGAAUAUAUACGCCACCGCUCUUGAAUUUAGAUUGUUAAGACAACAUGGAUACAGUGUGCCUCAAGAGAUUUUUAAUAGUUUCAAGAAUGAGAUAGGGAGCUUCAAGGUGUGCCUAUGUGAUGAUAUCGAGGGAAUGAUAUGCUUGUAUGAAGCCUCAAUCCAUUCGGUAGAAGGCGAAAGUAUAUUGGAAGAAGCAAGAGAUUUCGCUGCCAAGCAACUCUCGGAGUACGUCAAGCAAAGCAAAGAUCAAAAUCUUCUUGCUAUAGUGAACCAUGCCCUGGAGCUUCCUCUCCAUUGGAGGAUGCUAAGGUUAGAAGCGUUGUGGUUCAUUGACGUAUACAGAAGCAGACAAGACAUGAACCCUAUCUUGCUUGAGCUCGCAGAAUUGGAUUUCAACAUUGUCCAAGCAGCCCACCUAGAAGAUCUAAAAGAAGUGUCAAGGUGGUGGAGGAGCACUGGUCUUGGCGAAAAGUUGAGCUUUGCAAGGGAUAGGCUGAUGGAGCAUUUCUUAUGGGCAGUGGGAAUAAUAUUUCAGCCUCAGUUUGGAUAUUGUAGGAGAAUGUUAACGAAGAUCCUUGCAUUGAUAACAACAAUCGAUGAUGUUUAUGAUGUAUAUGGCACCUUGGAGGAGCUUGAGCUCUUCACGGAUGUUGUUGAGAGAUGGGAUACCAAUACAAUGGAUCGGCUUCCAUAUUAUAUGAAGAUAUGUUUUCUUGCUCUCCACAAUUCAAUUAAUGAAAUGGCCUUUGACACCCUUAAAGAACAAGGAUUCCACAACAUCCAGUACCUUAAAAAAGCUUGGGCAAAUUUAUGCAAAUCUUACUUGCUGGAAGCAAAGUGGUAUUACAAUGGAUAUACACCAAGCUUUCAAGAAUACAUUGAGAAUGCACGUGUUUCAAUAUCAGCGCCAGUUGUAUUAGUGCAUGCUUAUUUUCUUGUCACAAAUCCAUUAACGAAGGAAGCUUUGGAUUGCUUGGAAGACCACCCCAACAUAAUCCAUUGGUCAUCAAUGAUUUUACGACUUGCAGAUGAUCUUGGAACAUCUAAGGACGAGCUAGAUAGAGGUGAUGUUCCAAAAUCAAUCCAGUGUUACAUGAAUGAAACUGGUGCAACUGAAGAAGACGCCCGUGAACACAUAAAGUCUUUGAUCGGUAACACGUGGAAGAAGAUAAAUGAAGAAAGAGCUGCGGAUUUUCCCUUCUCUCAAACAUUUAUUGAAAUCGCAAUGAACCUUGGGAGGAUGGCUCAAUGCAUGUACCAAUAUGGGGAUGGACAUGGUGUUGUAGACCGUGAAACUAAGAAGCGCAUAUUAUCAUUAUUCAUUCAUCCUAUUCCUCUACAUAUAGGGAUCGACAUGAAAGACCAAAGCCUUAAGAAUCCAUCUCGGCCAGAUCCUCAUGCACCUCUGCGAGAUCAAAGCAUCUCCGAUUAUGAGGACGACGAAGAUGUGCACACCGCCGGUGAUACCAUCGACGAGGUCGAGGAGGUAUCUUCCAUUGCCAUAGCGGACUUGAGAUCCAUAGCCGAAUGCAUGAUCAUCAAGGCCGAGCUUGUCUUAGUGAACCGAGCAUCAGUGAACCGAGCGUCAAUGGCCGAGUAUCAAUGCCAUGAGCUUGCCUCAGUGAACCUUCCUCGGCUGAAAUUACAAAUCGCUGAGUUUGCCUUGCUGAAAAACUACAGCUGCCGAGCUUGUCUCGGUUAA